AUGGUAAUAACAAGCAAAAGGCUUUUUACUAAUAUCGAUUAUGAAGAAAAAAUAUCACUAGUUGAGCUUUAUUGGCGGGGUAUAAGAAGAAUACAAAACUUUGACAUGGACAAAAAAUACAAAUUCCCAUUUUUAUCUCUAAAAAAUUUAAAAGCGAACAACUUUGAGGCUGAGGCUGUAGAAUUUUUAUCGUCAAUAGGUUGUAUGAAAGAAUCAAAUGGAUACUAUAAAAUACAAGGGAAAAUAUUGUUUGAUGCUACCAGAUCCACUUCUGAGUACCAUUUUAAGGAACUUUUUACUUCUCAAUCAUCACUUAGAUUUCAUAUAUCUGAGGACCAUAUUAAGAUGGAAUUUCCAUAUUCAGAAAUGAAUGAUCUCUUUAUAGCUAAUGAGGAUUUUACUAUAUCUCUAAAGUCUGGCGGGAAAGUAGAUAAAAAAGAACUUUGGAAUAAUGAAAUUAAAAACAAAGUGUUUAAUGAGAUAUCAGUGAAAAUUAUCUUAGAGAAGUGCCCAAAAUCAUUUCUCAGAUUCAUGAAGUAA